GCCGCCGCCAUCGGCCUCUCCCGGGAGCGGGAGAGGGCCCUGGAUUACUACGGGCUCUACGACGAGCGCGGGCGGCCCUACACGUACCCCAUCGUGGCGGAGGAAGACCUGAUGCCGGAGGACGACCAGAGGGCCACGCGCAACCUCUUCAUCGGCAACCUGGACCACAACGUGUCGGAGGUGGAGCUGAGACGGGCCUUCGAGAAGUACGGCAUCAUCGAGGAAGUGGUGAUCAAGCGCCCUGCGCGGGGCCAAGGUGGGGCUUACGCUUUCCUUAAGUUCCAGAACUUGGACAUGGCGCACCGGGCCAAGGUGGCCAUGUCGGGCCGGGUGGUUGGCAGGAACCCUAUCAAAAUCGGCUACGGUAAAGCCAACCCGACCACCAGGCUGUGGGUGGGUGGUCUGGGGCCCAGCACUUCCCUGGCUGCCCUCAGCAGGGAGUUCGACCGCUUUGGCAGCAUCAGGACUAUUGACUACGUGAAGGGCGACAGCUUUGCCUACAUCCAGUACGAGAGCUUGGACGCUGCGCAGGCUGCCUGCGCGCAGAUGAGGGGCUUCCCGCUGGGCGGCCCGGAGAGGCGGCUGCGCGUGGAUUUCGCCAAGGCCGAAGAGACGAGGUACCCGCAGCAGUACCAGCCGGCACCGCUGCCUGUGCACUACGAGCUGCUGGCCGACGGCUACAGCCCCGAGCGGGCGCGCAAGGAGAACCACACUACGGAGUGCGGCGCCGAGAAGGAGCAGAGCAACUCCCUGCAGAACAACCGGCACGCGGCCGAGGAGAAGCCCCACCGCGAAGCUGCUGACGCGCCCCAGCCCAAAAAAAGGGACAGCGAACGCAAUCACCGAACUGGCGAAUCGGAAUCCAAAAGUCAUGAGGAGCCAAAGUCCGAGACCAAAAAGCUAAAGAAUUUAUCGGAGUACGCCCAGACGCUGCAGCUCGCUUGGAACGGGCUCCUCGUGCUAAAAAACAGCUGCUUCCCUACGUCUAUGCACAUCCUGGAGGGAGACCUGGGCGUCAUCAACGGACUCCUCAAAGACCACUCGUCCGGCGGGAAGCUCACGCAGCUCAAAAUCGCGCAGAGACUUCGGCUUGCGGCCGCCGUGGAGCCCGGCUUGCAGCGACGGCUGCUCAGGAACCUGGUGUCCUACUUGAAACAGAAGCAGGCUGCUGGCGUGAUCAGCCUGCCCGUGGGAGGCGCGAAGGGCAGAGACAGCACAGGCAUGCUCUACGCCUUCCCCCCGUGCGACUUCUCGCAGCAGUACCUCCAGUCAGCACUACGGACAUUGGGGAAGCUGGAGGAGGAACAUAUGGUGAUAGUUAUAGUCAAAGACACUGCCUAGCCCACACUGUCUUUUCCAAGUCCAUGUUUUCUUUGUGUGUCACGACAGCCCGGUUGGUUUUAAGGCCGACCGUUUUGGUGGAGGCUCCAAAGCCCUCGGCCAAAGCGGGGAGAUUUUUAGUUCCUAAUUAAUUUUAAUACCAUUUAAAUAGAGCCCAUUUUAUUCGUUUUUAAUAUGUGACACUGUCCGCUGUGUUCUGUAUUUUUAUUUUUUAACUGUAUGAAAAGUUGUCAGUAAAGCCUUGUUCACUGAUGGAUUUCUAAA